UGAUCUGGGAACAGCGCAGGGAGGAGAAGGAGGCGUUCUGUGCACGAUCCGCGGACAGAAAGACAUCGACGGUGAUUUCAAAUUAACUCCAGCUAAUCCAUCGGCUAACUAUUAUCCCUCCAUGCUGUCCAGGAAAGGAAGAUAAAAACCCGCUCUGCCGCCUCAGUUACCCACCGUGCACGACAAAAACAAGCGUCGUUGGCGAGGACUACAGGAGGAAUCUGUUCGGGAGAAUAAAAAAAGUAACGUUGUUUGUGGAAGAAAUGAGGUUACCGAGCAGCAGACACUGCGGGAUGGAGGGAGACGGGAAGAAGAUGGACCAGACUCCUCCGUUCAGGAAUCCUUUUGUGCACGUCUUAAAAUUCACCCCUGCGGAAAAAGCGAAGAUAGCAGUAAUGACAGUCACACUAUUCCCCAUUCGUCUCCUUAUUGCAGCAUUUAUGAUGCUGCUGGCUUGGCCUUUUGCGUUCCUGGCCACAGUAGGACGCUCUGAGACCACAGUUGAACCCCAAUGCCUUUGGAGAAGACUUGUGGACAGAGUUCUGCGGACCAUCAUGCGGGUCAUGUGGUUUGCUGGAGGCUUCCAUUGGAUGACCAUCAAAGGACGAAGAGCAUUGCCUGCAGAAGCACCCAUCCUCACCUUGGCGCCCCAUUCAUCUUACUUUGACGCUAUCCCAGUGACCACGACAAUGGCUUCUAUAGUCAUGAAAGCUGAAAGCAAGGAUAUACCUCUUUGGGGCACUUUGAUCAAGUACAUCAGGCCAGUCUUUGUGUCUCGCUCAGAUGAGGAUUCCAGAAGGAAGACUGUAGAGGAGAUCAAACGUAGAGCACACUCUGGAGGGGCGUGGCCUCAGGUAAUGAUUUUUCCUGAAGGAACGUGCACAAAUAGAUCCUGCCUCAUCACCUUUAAGCCAGGGGCUUUCAUCCCAGCCGUACCAGUGCAGCCUGUGGUGAUUCGUUACCCAAAUAAACUGGACACAAUCACAUGGACAUGGCAGGGACCAGGAGCGUUUAAAAUCUUGUGGCUGACACUGUGCCAGUUGCACAAUGAAUUUGUGAUAGAGUACCUUCCCAUCUACACGCCAUCAGAGGAUGAGAAAAAGAAUCCUGUACUAUAUGCAAUAAAUGUAAGACGUGUUAUGGCCAAAGCCCUGGGAGUGCCCGUUACAGACUAUUCAUUUGACGACUGCCAGCUGGCCAUGGCAGAAGGCCAGCUCAGACUUCCAGUCAACACUUGCCUGCUGGACUUUGCCAAGCUUGUCAGGAGACUGGGCUUGAAACCCAAGAAUACAGAGAAGGUUCUUCAGGAGUAUGGAAACAGAGCCAGGAAGCUGGAGGGAGAAAAGCUGGGAUUGGAUGAGUUUGCUCACUACUUGGAUGUGCCCAUUUCAGACAUGCUGCGAGACAUGUUUGCACUUUUUGAUGAGCAUGAAAAUAACUGCAUGGAUAUCAGAGAAUAUGUGAUAGCCUUAUCAGUUGUAUGCAGACCUGCCAAGACUCUUGAAACUAUGAAAUUGGCCUUCAAGAUGUUUGAGGCUGAGGAGGAUGGCACCAUCACUGAUUCAGAGUUGGUAGUUAUCCUGAAAACUGCUUUAGGAGUGGAUCACCUCAAUGUGUCGCAUCUGUUCACUGCCAUCCACAAGGACCACAAAGGGAAAAUCACUUUUGAUAUGUUCAGGAGCUUUGUGGAGCAGCACCCAGAAUUUGCUGAGGAGUACUUGUACGCAAAAAAUGCAGGCCUCUAUCACAGUGCAAACCACGGUCACCAAACCAAGACAGCCAACGGUAUCUGCCCCGACUUCAGUCCCAACGACCGCCAAGACGCUAAAGCUGGACUAGUAAAGAAACAAAACUGAACUUGAAUGUGUCAAAAAUCAUAAUCUGCUCUCCUGGUGAGAGCGGUGUGUGAGUAAUGGUGAGCUCUCGAGUGAAUCUUCAUUACUUUGAGUAACCUCAUUGACCAAGAUAGGGAUUUGUAGUUUUUCUUUUUCCCUUCAUAAUCCUUGUUAUUAUGCACAUAAAAUUUAAGGUCAAUGUCAGGUGAUUUAUUUUUAUUUUUUACUUUUUGUCGUAGCCAUACCAGAUGAUCAAAUAGUCACCCGACGGCUGUUACAGAUAAGAUGCUUGAUUGAUUGACAAACAAGCAUUCACAUUUUUUUUCUCUCUCUCCCUUCGACUUUCAUUCUGACCGCAUGUUUUUAAAAAGAGAGAAGCGGGAGAGAAUCAAGCCUCAGCCAGUGAAGGGAACUCAUCAUUAUUGAAUAUCAGCGUUUAGUUGAACCUUUUGGUUGUUUCUCCUCUUAAAUGGUAGCUGCCUUUUGAACAGAAAAUGUUGAUUGCAUGGGCUCUUGCUGUUUUGAGCAGUAUUUAGGAUUCUUUAUCUCAAGAACUAAGGCCUAAGAGAGAACCAGUGACAAUUGUUUGACCACUCGAAGCGUUUAGCUUUACUAGUCACAUUUGAGGUGAACUCAGGUCUGUGUAAGCCUGUUACAUACAUACGGUGCAUCCAGAAAGUAUUAACAGCUUUUCGCUUUUUCCACAUUUUCUUAUGUUACAGCCUUAUUCCAAAAUGG